GGAAAUUUGACUUUAUAGUCCAUAAUAUCUUUAAAGCAAAACAAAGAUAUCUAGAGGUAAUUAAAAAAAAAGGAGAAAAAAAGAAAAAGAAAAAGAAAAGGAAAAAAAGAAAAAAGGGACAUAAACAAAAAUCAGAAACUCUCUGAUUCUCAAAACCACUCCUCUUUUGCUGUGCUUAUUUCUGCUUCAUUUUUGUGGUUCCAAAGGAAACGAGUCACUUCUUACUUCAUCUUUUGGCUGUCUAGAUUCGCCAACUUGGCUAGUGUACUCCACACCACCCCCCUCCAAAAAACCAUUAUAAAGCAGAGCAACCUGAGCAUUUCUUGCUCACAAAACCAAAUACACCUUUCAAGUUAAAAUCCCUCCAAAACCAUUCUUUUUCUUUUGAAGUUCAACCCUUUCUUUUUAUAGUCCAUAGUAAACCAGCCUGUCCAUAUUCUAUAAUCAGAACCAAAAGCCUCUCCUUUCCUUUAUCCACACAAUGGCACAAAGCUCCAGCUCCUAUUGGACGCCAAAACAGAACAAACUGUUUGAAAAGGCACUAGCUUUGUAUGACAAAGAUACCCCAGACCGCUGGCAAAAUGUAGCCAAGGCUGUUGGUGGUAAAACAGCUGAGGAAGUCAAAAGACACUAUGAAAUCCUUUUGGAGGAUCUUAGGCAGAUCGAAUCUGGCCGUAUUCCAUUUCCAAACUACAAGUCCACUGGCAGAGACGCGGAUGAAGAAGAAAGGCUUAUUAAGUAUCUUAAGCUGCAGUAAAUCAUGUCCAAAUCCACCGGCAUGCAUCCACGUGAUAUAUAUGAUAUAAUAUCUACUGUGGAUCUCUACAAAUGGAUCAGAUCGCUCUUUUUAAUUAGCUCUUUUUUCUCUGUCUAUUAUGGCAUGAUCCUAGCUAAGCAAUAUUUAUAAUCACCAUCAGAUUAUGAUGGUAUAAUCUAUUUUGCAUGUUUCUGGUACUGUAUUUUGUAAUUUCAAAAAUUGUAAUGGUUAUUAUGGUUUGGAUUGUAUAAGAUCCUUUUGUUAAGUAAAUAUCAAUGGCAGAGUAGCAAUCAGCUUUUGCAGA